UUGGUGUAUUUCAGCUCUAUAAGUGAUUCAAUCGAGCGUCAUCCAAAAUACGAUUUACAUCUUCUCGUUCUUUCAAAUUCUCUAGUUUUAAUAUAAGUUUUGUAUUUCUUAUUAACUCGGUUCACAUUAUGUAGUAAAUGAACAUUUGUUUUUAUAGGAAAUGAUGAUGGUGGAAUUGACUAAACAAUAUUAUAAAAAGGUGGCAUCAUUUUUAACUAAACAUGUGGAGCUGAUCGAAUUUUAAGUUUCAGGUGGAAGUUUUUGCGGUGCAAAUAUAUCAGAAAUAAAACAUAUAUUUGAUUGAAAGGAUAUAAACAAAAUGACGAAGAGUAAGGAUUCUGACUUAAAGAGUAAUAAUAUAAAGGGAAAUGUGUUGGAGAAAAGUAAAAUAAUUAAAAAGGACAAGAAAAAACGCGUCGAGGAUAAGAAAAAGUUACAGCAAGCCGUUACGAAAAAAGCUGAAAAUCCCACGACUGCUGCAACAAACGGAAAUACUGAAGCAGGUGCCAUUGUUAAACACAAGAAACCAAAGAAGAAUAAGUCCAAAGAAAACAAGGCGACAAUUGACGCAUCUGCAAAGGAUAGCAGUAGCAAAACCUUAGAAAUAAUCGAAAAGAAAAAGGCUAAAAAAUUGGCUAAAAGAUUAAAAAAGAAAGCUGUCAAAAAUACACCUAAAGGAAAAGACAAUGUAAAGAAUUUAAAGUCAAAGUCACUUCUGGAUAAGUCAGAUAGCAAAGAAAAAAAAGAACAUGAUCCAAUCAAUGCUGCAUGCACCGUAUUUGUUGGAAAUUUACCCGUGAAUACAAAGCGUCCUCAAUUAAUUCGUUUGUUCAAGGAUUAUGGACCGGUUAAUGGUAUUCGUUUCAGAUCAGCCAAUGGAAAAAUUUUAUUUAAACAUAAAGAUCGAAAAGAGGCUGGAUCUCUAAGCGCUUGGAUUGUCCUCAAGGAUGCAGAGACAGUAACACGUGCAUUGGCCUUAAAUGGAACCGUUUUCAAAAAUAAUCACUUACGUGUGACACGUGGAAAUGAAAAGAGUAGUUCUAUGGAUACGAAACGUACAAUUUUUGUCGGUAACCUGAAAUACAGUGCCAAUGAAGAGAAGUUGCGUGAAAUAUUUUCCUCCUGUGGUGACAUUGAAUACGUGAGGUGCUUAAAUGAUGAUAAGGGGUGUAAAGGUGUGGCAUAUGUUUGUUUUAAAGCUCCAGAAGCUGUAGGUUUGGCAUUGGAACUUAAUGAAACUAUAUUAGAUGAACGUCCAAUUCACGUUGAACGAUAUUCUGUUAAAAAAUUGGGUGCAAAGAAAACAAGAGAUGUAGCAGAGGGAGAGAUUAAAAAGAAGUCAGCCGGUGGAACGAUUCGAAAGGACAAAACAAAGAAAAUUAAAGGAGAUAACUUAAAAACAAAACAAGGUACUGACACGAGCAAAAAAUCCAAGUUUCGUGGUGUUAAAGUCGAAGGUGCGAAUGUAAAGAAGCAAAAGAAAAAAGUGACAAGCCAAAUGCAAAAAUUAGCCAAGAAGAUUGCGCCGAAGGAAAAGUCUUAAUCGAAUGAUUACGUCGUAGUUUAAAAAAUACAAACAUUUUUGUAUUUAGAGUUAUUAAAAAGUACAAUUUAUAAAUACUA